AGCACUGAGCAAGUGGGCAACCUGAAGCUGCACACCUUCCAUCUGGAGGAGCGCUGUAAGUAGCGCGCUGUGUUGUGCAGUGUUUGGCAAGAGCGUGAACACGAACUUCGACUCAACGCCCGGCGAAUAUCCGGCGAUCAUCUCAUGAAGUCAUGGAUAUCAUCCCAGAGUCAGUUCCUCGAAAGCUCCCCGGACAACCAGUCCAGCGACAUGCUUGCACGCGUGUCUCCCUCCGCCCAGACACUCCUCAGACCCCGGCGGCCCGACGCCCGCUGGUCAUGAGAACACGGCUAAGCAAUCGCUAGCGGUACCGCAUGCAAUUGAUUGCCUGAGCGAUUUGGUUGAACUUGUGUUCGCUCCGUCAUCCCUAUCUCCCUCUCUCACAGACGGUGAGAUGUCUUCGGCACAGGGAAUUGAGCUCAGGACCGUUGGACGUCGACAGGAUGACCAGCCGAGCGUACAUGAUAACCCUACCAUUCGCGACGUCAUCGAGGGUGGCAAAUCCACGGACCCGGAGACCCCCAAGUUUGUCUCCAGCUCUGCUGUCAGUCCCACUGGGGAUGAUGGACCAGACGUUUCCGAGGUCUCAGCAUCUCAGGCCAAGACAUAUCGCUGGAGAAGCAGGGUUCAUUUCGCAGCACUUUGCUAUUCCUACUUCUUGGAGGGCUGGAAUGACGGCACUCUCGGGCCUCUGUUGCCCAGGAUUCAGAGCUACUACGAUAUCGGCUUCGACAUCGUUUCUCUGCUAUUCGUCUUCAUGACCUUGGGCUUCAUAGGCGGCGCCAUGGCGAACGUCUACCUGAAUCAACGGAUCGGGUUCGGCAAGGUGAUGGUAAUAGGUGCUAUAUUGCAACUCGUCGGUUACGUUAUGGUCGCUCCCGCGGGUCCGUUUGCCCUGAUGAACGCGGGCGUGACGUUCGCGGGUCUCGGGAUUGCGAUGCAGAUGGCCCAAUGCAACGGGUUCGUCGGGAGCCUGAAGCAGCAUGUGCGUUUGCAUUUCGGCAUGUUGCAUGCCUGCUACGGUCUUGGUGCGUUUGUCUCGCCGUUGGUCGCAACGCGUUUCUCGACUAGCCAGCACUGGUCGUUCCACUACGUCGUCGCUGCUAGCAUUGCGGCGAGCAAUAUCGUGAUCCUGGCCCUCGUCUUCCGUUUGCGCAGGCAAGAAGACGUUCUUGCGGAUGCCGGCCAGGUGGCACCAUUGGGCGAAAGCGCCGCACAGGCUCAUCAGGCCAGCUCCGGCGGACGCAAUGUAUACACGCAGAUCUUGCGAGUGAAGGAGGUCCACCUUCUGUCUAUUUUCUGCUUGAUUUACGUCGGCGUUGAAGUCUCCCUCGGUGGUUGGAUUGUCACUUUCAUCGAAGAAAAGCGAGGCGGUAACGCUACCGCCGGUUAUAUCUCGUCCGGUUUCUUCGGCGGGCUGAUGCUGGGAAGGAUCGUCUUUCUGUGGUUCAAUCGAAAGCUCGGAGAAAGAUGGUCUAUACUCACCUACGGCGCGCUUGCUAUCUCCUUGGAAGUCACUGUCUGGACGGUCCCGUCCCUUGUCGAAAACGCCGUCGCCGUAUCGCUGAUCGGGCUCUUCAUGGGGCCCAUGUACCCAAUCAUGAUGAACCACUCGACCGCCCUGCUGCCCCACUGGCUUCGCACCGGUUCCAUGGGCUACAUCGCGGGUAUCGGACAGACGGGCUCCGCCGUAUUGCCGCUUGUGACUGGGCUCCUGGCGUCGAAGUUCGGCAUAGGCAGCCUCCAGCCGUUGCUGGUGUCGAUGAUGUCUGCCAUGCUUGUCAUCUGGGCGGUGGUACCGAGGGCGCGUCGCUUCGAAUGAGCGUCUGCCUAUACAUGUAUAGGUUUCGCACCUUGUAUGUAUUGACAUUCACCAUAGAGGUUGCAUAGAAGGUGUCCAGUGUCCCAGGUGUUCUCCGUGAUGACGCGGCGGAUAUGCAGAACUGUUGCGGCACGCUAAAUGACAAUUUGCUAUUGCUUCUUUCCAUUCUCCUGGAAAGAUAGGGUUGUUCAAAAAAUCCUAUUGCGAUACACGAAAGUACCUCAGAAUUAUCUGCCAGUACUCACCAGCACUACUCAGAAUGAGGCGAGCAGUAAUAUUGUAAUCGUCAGUGGGCUAUAUUUGGCAAAUCCUUCGAU